GCUGGAUUCUCCUGUUGCCAGUGAUUUACUAGGGAAUUAUCACUUCUUAACUCGUACUGUUCUGUUCUGUGGCUGUUCCAAACCAAACUAGAUAAAAUGGUGGUGUUUUGGUGAAUUUCCGUGUUAGAAAAAAUCAAAUAAAUUAAUGAAAAAAACUCGAAUUACCGACAAUAUCGUAUAAAAAACACUAAUCAAAAUGAAUAAUAAAUAAGUGAGGUGUUUGCCGCACAUUUAAAUAAGUUUCAAGCAACCUAACCUAACAUGGCCCCUGUACCUCUGGAAGGAAUCCAGACUUUGGUGGCGAACGCCGCGGCUCAAGGGGGCCUCGGGGGCCCCCAAGAGGGCAACCGCGGCGGCAUGAUAUCCCUCGCCAAGCUAAUCGACUAUAUUAUCCAACGAACUUACCACGAACUCACAGUCUUGGCCGAACUUUUACCGCGGAAGACUGACAUGGAGCGAAAAGUCGAAAUUUACAACUUUGCCACAAGAACGCGCCAAUUGUUCGUGCGGCUGUUGGCCCUAGUCAAGUGGGCCAACAGUGCGUCCAAAGUGGAAAAAUCAGCGCGCAUUAUGGGGUUUCUGGACAAGCAAUCAUUGCUCUUUGUUGAGACAGCUGAUAUGUUGUCACGCAUAGCUAGGGACACCCUGGUGCAGGCCCGUCUUCCCAAUUUUCAUAUCCCUGCCGCUGUUGAAGUCCUGACCACGGGGACCUAUGGCCGAUUGCCUGCCUGCAUCAGGGAGAAAAUUGUGCCCCCAGACCCCAUAACAAGCACCGAGAAACGCAACACUUUACUCAGGCUAAAUCAAGUGAUACAACACCGGCUAGUGACGGGGAAUUUGUUACCACAGAUGCGCAAUUUGAAGAUUGAAAAUGGGCGCGUAACGUUCCAUGUCCAACACGAAUUCGAAGUGUCGCUGACUGUGAUGGGUGAUGGGCCUAACAUUCCCUGGAGGUUGCUAGAGAUUGAUGUUUUGGUGGAAGAUAAGGAAACAGGGGAUGGGAAGGCAUUGGUCCAUUCUUUACAAAUUCAGUAUAUUCAUCAGUUGAUUCAAACCCGGCUAGUGGAUAAUCCGCAGCCUUUAACAGAAGUCUAUAAUUGUUUGCACUUUUUUUGCCAGUCGUUGCAAUUGGAGGUUUUGUACUCGCAAACUUUGCGUCUGAUGAGAGACAGGUUGGACGACCACAUUCACGUUGACGAGUAUAUACCAGGGAAAUGUCUAACAGUCUCUUAUUGGAGAGAGUUAACAACAAAAGGCAAAGAGUCCGCCAACAAAGACCUGCGUUCGGAGCUCGGCUACCGCCUCACCAUCCAGGUGGACGCCCACGACCCGGCGCGCCCUCUCGCCGUGUUGCACGUCCCUUCCCUCGGCAACAAAGAGAGCGAAAUCGCCGAUCGCGCCAUCCGCUCCGAAAUCCUCUCCAUGGAGCGCCUCCUCGUGCACACCAUCUACGUGCGGACGCGCAGCCGCCUCAGCGACAUCAAACUCGAGAUCCAGGGCAUGGUCAAAGAAGUGGAAUGCAACCUCCAAGGCUCCCCUGCCAUCCUCUCAAUCGCCAUCCUCCAGCCGUGUCUCCGCGCCGAGCAACUCCUCAUCACCGUCGACACCCACACCGGCAUGCUGCAAUGUCACGUGCCCCAAUACGACCCGCCCCUUGUCCCCGAACUGAACAACGCCCUCAACGGCGACCACUCCAAACUACCGGUUCUCAUAAGCGAAUUGCGCUUCUGGAUCACGCAGAGACGCUGCGAGAAGACUUUGCAACAUCUACCAGCCACUGCGCAUGAAAGACUACCACUGUUGCAUCACUCAGAUCACCCGUUGACUAAAAUCGGACGACAUCGGAUGUACAUCCAACUGCACCGGCACCCGAAUGUUGUUUUAAUCGUUGAGUUGAAAGAGAAGGAAACGUCGAUGUGUGAAGUCGACUGUGCGUUUCACAUGGCCGUGGUCAAGCCCUCAAGCAUUGAGGACAACCCUGAUGAUGACACCAUCGAAACCGAAAUCCCGAAAGUCUACCUCAAAGUACAAACUCUAAUCGAGUUUGAUACUUUUGUUGCAACGCACGGUCCCUUCACUUCAAUCGAUUCAGAUUCCGAUCACACUGAACUAAAUAGUUUGAAACGUAAGGGCGGAGUCAAGCCGGAACCGCCCACAAGGCGGUCCAAACAACCCGCCUACUUUAUAUCAGAAUUAGCGCAUGUCGUUGCCAUGUGUGACGAACGUUUGCCGUACGUGAGCCUGGCCAAUGAGUUGAAUAAACGCAGUAUUUUUCAUCAAGGCUUGCAAGUUGAGGCUAACGCCACCGGUUUGGUGUUAAAAUUGAUCCAAUUACCGCCUCCAACGACCGAAAUAGGCGGCUCACCGGCUUGGCACGCCCUCUUGAAGCGAUUAUUGACCGUUUCGAUCAGGGUUUUGAGCAAAGGGAUGAUGAAAAGUUGGAUGACAGAGUUUGUUUUUUAUGCGACACCGUUAACUAGCACGCAUCCGAAGGAACAAGGGUCGCGACGGCCGGUGUACUUCCAGUACGAUAUGGCCACAAUUGACGCCACUUCACGUACGGUUGACUCAUUAUUGAGUGAUUGGUACCAAAUUGUGCACUUGUACACGAUAGUGCAUGAUUUGAGUGAAUAUUUAAAGGGCGAUAAGUACAAUUUGUCCAACAUGUUCAGUAUUAAGUCUUACAAUUAUAGUAAGUUAGUUUUGUGUUAUGGCCCUGAAAAGGGUGCCAUGGUUUCGAUACAUUGGAACAGUGGGGAGAAGGCGUUCAAGUUGGCAUUUGGUGCGACGAAUAAUGCGAUCAAUGCGCAUUCUUUGAUUCGGGAACAGUUGGAGAGUCAUUUAAAUGAGUAUCGAAAUUUGGCGCAAAUUAUCCAAUUGUUACACGAGACGUACGAACCCUUGAUUUCCAUCAGUAAGCUGCCGACGCUCCCGCAGCUAGGGAUCCAAAAUACACGCCCUCAAGUGCCCGUCCAAACCUUCACCAUAAUGGCCCAAUCGUGCACCCUCAUCCGGCUCGCCUACCAGGGCAUGUACUGCCUGGAGCUGCGCAUCCGCGGCGCCGGCCUUGUCUCGCUCCGCGACGGCGCCUACAGCCGUUUCGACCGCAGCAACGUCGUCGACGUCUUCUCGCCCACUCAAGGCCUCAAAGCCUUCCUCUCGAAAUACGUGGACGAGACGGCCGUCUUCCGCCGCCGCUCUCAAUCCGAGGACGACAACCCCCCAUCCCCCGUCUCCAUGGAGGUGGAAGGCGGGGCCAGCGCCGGCGGCGGCUUCCUCGGCCACCACCGCGGCCCCCAAUCCCCCGCGGGCACGCGCGAGCCCGGCCUCCGCUUCCACCCGCCCCUGACCCCGCCCUCCGGCUCCAACCCCCACACCCCCGCCAGUCCCCACACCAUCAACCAGACCCACACCAGUUUCGGGUCAAGUCCCGCGACGUCCUUUAAUCUCUCAUCGCCGACUUCGCUCCCAGCGAAUAUUAAUCCGAGUCCGAUGCCGCACCCAAGUCCCAGUGGACUUGUUGCCAAUUCGCCGCUUAAUCCACAAUUGCCAAGUCCUGGGGGUUUGUUAUCGAAUUCGUCACCGGGGCCGGUUUCGACCAGUCUUCCGGGUCAUAGUCCCGUUAGUAGUUUUAUGGCAACGGGUCAUACGGAUGGAAGUCCGUUCCCGUCCUCGCAGAGUAUGGCGUCGCCGGCGGCGUCCAAUUGGCCAGGUUCGCCGAGUAUGCCACGGCCAUCGCCAGCAAGGCCGGGACAGUCACCUGGGGGGCACCCCAUAAUGCAUAGUCCGCAGAGUGGGGAUAUGAGGACGGGGAGUCAUUUGUCGAGGGUUUUGCCCCAGAGGUCGUGGGCGGGGGCUGUGCCCACCUUGCUAACACAUGAGGCGUUGGAGACGUUGUGUUGCCCGUCUAUGCACCCGCAAGGGCUGCCGGGGCCCGAGCUAGCGCCUUUGGAGAGGUUCCUGGGCUGUGUUUAUAUGAGGAGGCAGUUGCAAAGGUUCAUACAUAAUGAGAAUUACUUAACUGCCAUCCCUAAUACCGAACUGGGCGUCAUCCACUUCAAAGUCACAGAAAUCCUGCAAUGUCGAAUCGGCUUGAACCCACAACACUUGCAAAGUCUCCACCUCAAAAUCACUCCUCUGCCCGACCAUAAGGACGUAUGGACGUCAGAAGAACUCCAAGUUUUGGAAAAAUUCUUCGACACACGAGCAGCAGCGCCCCCUUACAAACCAACCGCAAUGUUCACUUUUUGCACAAUGUUGAACGUUCCAGUCAACGUCCUUAAGGAUUUCAUACAAAUCAUGAAACUGGAAUUGAUGCCUGGACUCGUCCAACAACAAGGUAUGAAAUGGUCGGUGCAGUGGAUGCUCCGGAUACCGCCCUCCGCCAUGCCCAUCGUUCCCACGGGAAUGUCAGGAGUGCUCGUCUACCGGGCAAAAAUCCUGUUUUUUUUGCAAAUUACUCGAAUUGGAGUGCAGUACCCCCCGAACAUGGAGCCGCCCUCCCUAGUGCUCCCUUUCAUCUACGACGUUAAUUCAAACAUGACGCAGUUGGCCGAGAAAAGGGAGGCGGGGACUGUUCCCGGCAUGGCCGCCGCCAGUCAACUCCUCAAACACUUUGCCCAAUUCCAGUCGAACAUCUCCGAGUGUUCGAUUUUCCCAGCCUUGAGGGAACUCCUCCUCAACCUAGUGCUGCCAACUGAACCGCAACAGAGUCCAGCACCACAGAUACAAUCACCGGCGAUGCAAAUGCAACAAGGGGGCCAACCAGGGUAUCCAGUCUCCAUGCCCAUGGGCAUGAUGGGGCCACAAUAAUGUAUUUUGUAAAUAUGAACGAAAUGAAAUAAACAGGUUUGUUUUAUUCA